GAAUCAUGGAGUUAGCAGAGCAAGUUGAACCAUCCACCAGGAACAACCUAAACCACCAUCAUGGGCAAGAUCACUUUCUACGAGGAGAGGAACUUCCAGGGUCGCUCCUAUGAGUGCAUGAGCGACUGCCCUGACAUGACCUCCUACCUGAACAGGUGCCAGUCCUGCAGGGUGGAGAGCGGCUGCUUCAUGGUCUACGAGCGUCCCAACUUCAUGGGCAUGCAGUUCUUCCUGAGGAGGGGCGAGUACACCGACAUGCAGCGCAUGAUGAGCCAAGGGAUGAUCGACUCCAUCAGAUCCUGCAAAAUGAUUCCAUUUCACCGUGGCCAGUUCAGGAUGAAGAUCUACGAGAGGGAGAACUUCGGUGGUCAGAGCAACGAGAUGAUGGACGACUGCGAGAACAUCCAGGAGCGUUACCGCAUGUCCGAGUGCCAGUCCAGCAACGUGCAGGACGGCCACUGGCUGAUGUACGAGCAGCCCCACUACAGAGGCAAGAUGAUGUACCUGAGGCCCGGAGAGUACAGGAGCUUCAGGGACAUGGGCAUGAGCGGCACCAGGUUCAUGAGCAUGAAGCGUAUCACCGACAUGUGCUAGACUUCUGUAUUUGACUUCAGUAAAUAAAAAUGAUCUGUAAUUCAUAA